AUUCACUCUGCCAUUUUAGCCAAAUGCCAAACUUAAAAACUCGGGGUGGCUUGUUUCAGUUUGACGUAGAUAAUUAUUGAUUUUAAUUAAUUGUAAUUGUGAUGUAUUGAUUUGAGUGAACCAUUGUUGAAGAUUUAAAGCCGUUUAUUUAACUGUGGUAUAUUUAUAAUUUUGUAAGCUCUAUUUUUAUUUCUCACAUAAUUUAAAAGUUAGUCGCCCUUUUCAAAAUGGCAGCAAGUGAUUCAUCUACGGACGACUCGCUCUAUCCGAUAGCAGUUUUAAUUGACGAAUUAAAGAACGAGGACGUUCAGCUGCGGUUGAACUCUAUCAAGAAACUAUCAACAAUUGCUUUAGCAUUGGGUGUGGAGCGGACACGCAGCGAGCUGAUCCCAUUCCUCACAGAAACAAUAUACGAUGAAGAUGAAGUUUUGUUGGCUCUUGCUGAACAAUUGGGCACCUUUACACCUCUUGUUGGUGGGCCAGAGUAUGUGCAGUAUUUGUUGCCUCCCCUGGAGUCACUGGCCACGGUAGAGGAGACAGUGGUGCGAGACAAGGCAGUGGAGUCUCUGCGACUCAUCAGCUCCCAGCACAGUGCCGGCGACCUAGAGACCCACUUUGUGCCACUGGUGCAGCGACUGGCACUUGGAGAUUGGUUUACAUCCCGCACCUCCGCCUGCGGACUCUUCUCUGUCUGCUACUCAAGGGUCAGCCUUUCUGUCCGAGCUGACCUUCGCAACCACUUCCGUAACCUGUGUCAAGACGAUACUCCAAUGGUCCGAAGAGCUGCAGCAAGCAAGCUGGGCGAGUUCGCAAAAGUAGUGGAAGUGGAGUAUUUAAAGUCAGAUCUCAUUCCAAUGUUUGUUACUUUGGCACAGGAUGAACAGGAUUCAGUGAGACUGCUGGCCGUUGAGGCAUGUGUCAGUAUUGCCACCCUUCUGCAGCAAGAGGAUGUGGAACAACUAGUGAUGCCAACUUUGCGACAGUGUACAGGAGACACUUCAUGGCGAGUGAGAUACAUGGUUGCUGAUAAGUUUACUGAGCUGCAGAAAGCGGUAGGGCCGGAGAUCACGAAGACGGAUCUAGUGCCAGCGUUCCAGUCACUUCUCAAAGACACAGAAGCAGAGGUGAGGGCGGCAGCCGCACACAAGGUCCGAGACUUCUGCCAGAACCUGGAUCAGUUCCAGCAGGAGGCCAUCAUCAUGAACUCCAUCCUGCCAUAUGUCAAAGAGCUGGUAGCUGACCCCAACCAGCAUGUCAAGAGUGCCCUAGCCUCCGUCAUCAUGGGCCUGAGUCCCAUCCUUGGCAAACUCAACACAAUAGAGCACCUACUACCCCUCUUCCUUUCUCAGCUGAAGGAUGAGUGCCCUGAAGUUCGGUUGAACAUCAUUUCCAACCUGGACUGUGUCAAUGAAGUCAUAGGAAUACAACAAUUAUCACAGUCCCUGUUACCCGCCAUCGUGGACUUAGCGGAAGACUCCAAGUGGAGGGUGCGACUUGCGAUCAUUGAGUACAUGCCCUUGCUGGCAGGCCAGCUGGGAGUUGAGUUCUUCGAUGAGAAACUCAAUGCACUCUGCAUGACCUGGCUUGUCGACCACGUGUAUGCAAUCAGAGAAGCUGCAACAUUAAACUUGAAGAAAUUAGUUGAGAACUUUGGGGCUGAAUGGGCUCAAAACACAGUUAUACCAAAGGUCCUAGCCAUGUCCAGGGACACGAAUUACCUCCAUCGAAUGACCUGCCUCUUCAGCAUCAAUCUGCUGGCCCCAGCCUGUGGUCCGGACAUCACCAUCAGAAUGAUGCUGCCGACGGUCAUUGCUAUGGCCAAUGAUUCCGUGCCCAAUGUCAGAUUCAACGUGGCCAAGACAUUACAGAAAAUAGGACCUGUCCUAGACCCCAACUGCAUCCAGACUCAGGUGAAACCAGUGUUAGACAGACUAAACGUGGACACUGACGUGGACGUCAAGUAUUUUGCGUCAGAAGCCAUCACCGGCAUUGCAGCCUGAACGACUGGAAGUCAGUGCUGAAACCUUCCAAUCUACACAGAUACUGAAGGCAACUUGACUAAAGUUACGUAAUAGGCUCUAAGUAUUGUUUAAAAAGUUACUUCUUAUAUUUCUUGUAUGGAUUAACAUUGUUUGAUUUAUCUCUCGCAAUUGUAUUUAAACUUGAAUGUUAAUUCUUUUUAAGUUAUUUAUGAAAUAAACCAAUUGUAUCAUACAA